AUGCUUCGGCCAGAAUUGAUCGUACCACCGAUUGUUGAGAAACUUUUUGCAUCAAUUGAUAAUACGAAUGAACCACAUCGAUUCACAUCAAUCAUGACUUGUCUAACACGUAUAACUCGUCAAUUAGUACGACAAACAUCUUGUUAUUCUCAAGGACAAACCUAUGUGUUACCAUUAAUUAUGUCCGUAUUACCUGGUAUUGAUUUGAAUGAUUUCAAAAAGACAUUAGUUACAUUGGAAUUUCUCGAUACAAUUUUUAUGCUUAUUACAUGUGUUGAUUGUUCAUCAGCAAUACAUAUUCGAAAUGAUCUAACCGAGAUGAUUCGAGAGAAGAUAACAGAUUUUCUUACUCAUGCAUGUUGGCCUUCUAAAGUGAGAAAACUUGUUACUAGUCUUGUUCGAGCUAUUGUCAUGGGCGACUCGGUCGAAACACUCAAGUAUCUCUUACCAAAAACAUAUGAAUCUAUCAACAAGAUCAUAAAUGACUCAGAAGGAAAUGUUUUAUUAAACGAUCACAAAGGUGACAAAGAACUUACUUGGUAUUUAGUUCUCUUCUCGGAACUCGUUCGUGCUCGUGGUGAUACUCUAAUGAUUUACAAAGAAACAAUUAUCUCGGUGUUUCAUCGAUGUAUACAAAUUAUUCACAAAGGUUCAUAUAAAGCUAUUGCUAGUGCAGCUAAGCAUAUUCUCAAAUCGCUCACUCAUGUAUAUAUAAUUGAUACUCGAUUGGCGAUUGAGAAUAUCGAUGAAUCAUUUAUCGACUUUUUGCCAAUUCGAGCAUGGGGCCAACCUACCAAUGUCGACCAAGUCCAAGUUCAAUAUCAUAUACCUAAUGACGACGAACUUGAUUUCGUUCGUGAAUUUGUUGAGACAUUCAUGUCAUGGAGACAGCAAGAGAUGGCAAUGUCUUUCCUUUGUCUUCUUCUUCAAAAACAUGUACCAAUUCCAUCAUCUUGUAUUCAUACAUUUGUUGAUCUUCUUGUCCAUGAUAAUAUUGAAUUGAGAAAGUAUGCUGUAAAGAGCAUAGCAGCAAUUUGUCGUUUGCAAAAGCCACCUAGAAUCUAUGCUGAAAAAUCUAUUGACGAAGUUCUUCAUGAACACAAUAACGGGUCGUCAACAGUUAUCAUACGUGAUGAAUGUAAUCCGGGCGAUCGAGAUGAUAAUUUAUGGAUAACAAUUGAUGGUUAUAAACCACCCAAUACUCAAGCUGAAUGGGAACAAAUGUGCUUUUUGGAUAAAACGUUUCAUGGUUAUUACACAUGGCCUAAAAUGAUUAAAUAUCCAAUGAAUAAACGAGCACGUUACACACAAAAUGAUAUGCCAGAACAAGUGACCAUCAUUUAUAAUCGUUUUAUUGACAAAAACUUUGUUAUACAAUCAACAAACUUAAUGGUUUCAGAUGAAAAUACCGACGAGAUCAAUUUCAAUUAUGUCCGAUAUACUAUGUUCAAGAGUCUCUUUCGCAAUUUUGGUCAUGCAUUUGUUGAUAACUUCAUGGAACAAUUGUACGUACUCAUUCAUGAAAAGAUACAAGAAAAACAAGAGGAUAGUCAUCGAGUGGCAGCCGAAAUUGUAGCCGGCAUGAUCCGUGGUUCGAAAUAUUGGACAUUAGAAAUGGAACAUGGAGAUCCUCGUCGAAUGUAUCAACUUAUUGACUUUAUUCGUACAUUGAUCAAUAAUCAAAUCAAUUCGAAUACUUUCACUGAAACAUCUCGUUGGUCUCUCAUUCAAACUUUGAAAAUGUUUCAAUGGCGUAUUCCGUCAAUUUGGUGUACUAUACAUGAACAUGCCAAAGAACUACUUGAUUAUUCGUUCAAACCUGUCCGUGAACAUAUUGCCAAGUAA